ACAGCAGGGAAAUACACGAAAAAGACAACGCAGAACACAGGAGCACUACCCAAACGAAGAGCAGAGCCGCAAGCACCGAAGCCACAAGGAACAGUACAGCAAGCCGAAAUUGCGAACGAGAAACGAGUGAGAAUCGAAAAAGAACGCAACCGUAUUCUCCAAGAACACCGAAUGGAGAUGUCAUCUGAACAAGGAACAGCAUUGAACAACAAAUACGCCGUAACCGACAAAGAGCGAUGGGAAAAGAUAGCCGAAGAAGCUAAGCAGGCAGCAAACGAAACAGCAGAACGGAACAUGCGCGGAGCAUUAAUGAAUUUCUACACCGAUCUAGUACAGAAGAACGAUCUACCUCAAGAUUUACACGAAAGCAUAAAACAAAUUUCCAAACAACAUUUCAAGCUAGAUAAUGCAAUAUUCUAAUUAUUCUCUUUCUUUCCUUUAAAAUGGCUUCUUUCAGAUUGCUACAGAUAAAUAUACAAAGCUUAUCGAAACACAAAGAGGAACUUCAGAGGUCGCUGAUUGGAGGGGACUAUUCGGCGGCCUUAUUAUCGGAGACGUGGACAGAUUCAAACCAGGAACAAUCCAGUCCCUCAAUGCCGUCGAAAUGCUGCAAGUUGGAGGUCGGAUCGGAUCAUCUUCACUUUCCACCCAAACAUUCCAGUACCUGAUUGUGAUCGAUUUCGAGGCCACCUGUUGGCCGGCAGAAGAUGCCCAAAAAUGGAAGAAAAAUGAAAUCAUCGAAUUUCCGGCAGUGCUACUGAACCUGUCCAACGGACAAAUCGAGUCUGAAUUCCGCCAGUUCGUGAUGCCCAUCGAAAAUCCGCGGUUGAGCGAUUUCUGCAUCCAGCUGACGGGCAUUCGCCAAGACCAGGUCGAAAACGGCGUUCCUCUGCACACAUGCUUGUCCUUGUUCGACAGAUGGCUCAAGAAGAAUGUCCUCGGCGACCGGGGGCUGAUUCUACCGAAGAUGGCCCCCAGCAAUCCUACCGGAACCGUUGCUUUCGCCACGUGGACCGAUUGGGAUUUGGGAUCAUGCUUGACCAAAGAGUGCACGAGGAAGAAGAUCAACAAGGCGGGCUACUUCGAUCAGUGGAUCGAUGUUCGCGCCAUCUAUAAGACAUUUUACCAGCACAACCCAAAGAGUUUUGCGGACGCUUUAACCACGCUUGGAAUGCGAUUCGAAGGGCGUCCUCACAGUGGAAUGGACGACUCGAAGAACAUUGCGCGGGUGGUUGCCAAAAUGCGUCGCGAAGGUGCCAACUUUAUUAUCACCAAAGAUUUAAGGCCAUUUGAGCUGCUCAAUAAAUAGAAUGAU